CUCGGCGUAAAUCCAGCAGCGGACUCUAAUACUCUUCCACGCGGUCACCUAGCCUCCGACCCCGCUGUCUAACUUCCCCACGAUAUUUCUUUCCGCCGACCUACAGCCGGCCCACUAUAUAACUCCGAGGAUUUUCCUCGCUGCUUCUCAUCAAUUUUGCUCCCCCACCGACCAAUGGAGCGUGUUUCAACCCUUUCAACCCCAGAUACCCCGACCCACGAGGUGGUCGUGCGGAGAACACGCUCGAGCAACGCAUGCGAUGCUUGCCGUGCUCGGAAAACAAAGUGCAUUUACGAAGGCGCGGUAUGUCGAACAUGUCAUGUGCUAAUGAUAUCAUGUACUCAAGACAGACCACGGAAGCGAAGGGGACCUUUGAACCAGUUCGUAGCAGCCCAAAGGAGGAGCCCCGCAAUUGAGAACCUAGCCAACGUACCCGGCCUGGAUUCAAGCAACUCUGUUUCCCCAGUCGCCGCAACGGCCGCAACAGUUGUGUACGGCAUACAUCGCCUCGCACCUCUUCCUGUGAUCGAGCAGAUCGUGCACAGUUGGUUCGAGCAGAUCCAUUCCGUUGCACCAUUCUUGCAUCGUAGGGCAUUCCUAACCCGGCUCAGAAGUACGGAAGCCACGCAAGAUGGAACGUUCGCGGCGCUAGUGGUGUCCCUGUGCGCUGCCACAAUUGCCAGCCUUAGACGCAAAAGCUCGCAAGACUACGGCACGCUGGUUAAUCCGGAAAGAUGUUGGGAGGUGAUUGAUGAGAUGAACAUGCACCAGAUGCCAAGGAGACAUUUUACCCUUGAGUGGUGCCAGAUGAAGUACAACCUAAGCGUGUCAAAUCAUCUAAUCAAUGACGCCCAGUGCUUCACGAGCAUGUCCGAGGCCGUGAUCGGCAUCAAGUAUCUCAUACACUACGAAAUGCCUAAUAUGACCUCGGCUUCUCAAGAAUUGCUCAAGCGGCUUUACUGGCUAGUCUUUGCGGCAGGAUGCUCUGCUGACCUAAAGGGCUUCCCAUACGUGGGUCUCUUGACCCCUCAAGACAACAUCAGUGCCCUGAAGCCGCUCGAGCUCUCUGACGACGAACUCGACCCAAGUCAGAAUCCAGAUCCGUAUGGCCCGUGGCACGGUAAUGACAGGUCCUAUGUUCCUGGACUGAACUAUCUUUCCAAGCUCUUCCUCCUUUGGAAUCAAAGCCAGCAGGAAUCGCCACCUUCCAUUGCUGGUCUGCAGCACUACAUGAAUCUAAUUAAGCGUGCGCUCGACUACCUGCCCCCGGAGUUGAUUUGGCGGGGAGGCCUUUCUCGACCUCCACAGAGUAAUUUCGGUACAUGUGUCCAGACGGCAAAUCUGUACAUCACUCAACUACAUAUCCAGUCAAACAUACUUGAACAAAUUAUCCACCUUGUCGGCAGUUCUGUUGUACAAGAGACAACCCUUAGUUUGAUCACAGACCGAAAGUCUAUCGUUGAAGACCUCCUCGAAAUCCUGUACUACAUGCCACAAGAGACGUUGGAGGCGAAUGGGAGUUCUUUGAUUCCAAAGAUCAGGGAUAUUGGAACUGCUUUGUUUGAUGAUAUUAGGACGGGGGGGGAAGGGCAGAGCCUGAGUAAAAAGGCGAGUGAUAAUUUGAAGAGGCUACUUACGAAGUUGGAGAAUUUAGAUGCGCAAAGUCAAUUCUACUUGGAGAUGCAACCACUCUCAGCAAUUACAUAAAAAGGAAUUAGAUAGUUGAUAAUCAAGUCUUACUCCAACCUUGAGCGAAGCGAAAGGUUGAUCACGACGAUUAUGCCCAAGCAUGAAUGUAUUGAUCGCGAUAAAGAAGUUCAGUAAUCAUCCUUAUCCUCUUCAACAUCAUAG